AUGGCGGAUCAAAAGAAUGACCAUCUCGUCCAAUCUGACGAUCCGGAUCACCCGGCGAAUUUGAUCCCUCGACUCUGCAAACAGUUCUAUUCCCUUGGAUGGGUCACUGGAACUGGAGGCGGCGCAAGCAUUCGCAAAGAUGAACACGUUUACAUUGCCCCGUCCGGUGUACAGAAAGAGCUUAUGAGGUCUGAGAACAUCUUUGUGCUUUCGUACCCGACUCCAAAGUACCCUCCAUCAGCACGACAAUAUAUUCGAAAGCCUCUGGAUCUAAAACCAUCGGCGUGCACACCUUUGUUUCUGGCCGCGUUUGAACGUGGUGCCGGUUGCUGUAUUCACACGCACUCACAAUGGGCUGUUUUGGUUACUCUGCUCGUCGAGAAGCUUCAUGGCAAGGAGGCCUGUUUCGAAAUCAGCGACAUCGAGCAGAUCAAAGGUAUUCCUAAAGGUCCGGCGAAAGGCAUGCUUGGUUUUCAUGAUACGCUGAGGAUACCGAUCAUCGAGAAUACCCCUUUCGAAGAGGAUUUGACGGAGAGUUUGGAGAAAGCUAUGGAGCUAUACCCGGACACAUGCGCGGUUUUAGUGCGACGACAUGGAAUAUACGUCUGGGGCGACAAUGUUGCCAAAGCCAAGACGCAGUGCGAGAGUUUGGAUUAUCUCUUCCAGCUCGCUGUAGAAAUGCACAAGCUUGGGUUGCCAUGGACGCUGAGAGGGUGA